AUGUCGAAAAUUCCGGGCUUAUGGCGGCUCAUCUUGCCGCCGCUGUUCCUAGGAAGCAGCAGCCUGGCCCAGUCAUGCCUCGAGGCGCUCAACAACAAUCAGGUCGACGCAUGUGUGUGCUACUCCCUAGAAUACGUCGUCAGUUACGUCGCCUACAUCGCUGUUUCUACGUCAUACACGUCAAAUUGCGAGGCUCUGCCCACGAUCUCAGCCACCACGUCCGUCACGCCUCAGAUUCUAGAGAGUAACCCUGCAGGUGGCAACUAUUCAGGGUACGUGACAGUCAGCCAUGGAGUUUACACAGGAACAGACAUCUUGACCGGGCCCACUACGAGAGCAAUCCUGGGACUCGAUGGAUCAGGGACAUUGGUAGUGGAGGAUCCGCCUUCGUAUACGACAGUUUCCCGAGGCGGUACGGCAACAGUCAGCCCUGGAUCACUUCCGAACUCUGUCAACUCAACAAGCUUUCUGACUACGAAUCCCAUCACGGCACCACGAACCAUUCUCGUCGCCAACCCCACGCCGGGAGCUUCCACAGCUUCUCAAGGAACUGUAGUCGUUGCAGUGCCUGAUCCAAGAUUAUACAACACGAGUACACUCGCUUACACUGGGUCCGAUCCCCUAGGCGCAACUCGUACGACCAUUUCAACUAUUGCAGAGUCUGGCUUUGUUCCUGGCACCUACGUUGUCGCUGUCGCCACGACGGCAGUACCAGAUGUGUCCUACGAUGUUUCUACGGUUGCGUACACUGGGACAGCCGUUAUUUCAGGCCCAACCGUAGUGUCAGUCAUCCAACCCACGGACGGGAGUGGUCGAGGAACUGUAGUGAUAGGAGUCCCGCCGACUGGAGUUCCCCCUCCUCAGGUGACGUCGAUAGUUCCGUACGAGGGCAUGAGUUCAAUUACAGGACCGACGACGAUUCUCAACAGGCCCUUCGAUAGCACUGUGCCGGGAACCGUCAUAGUCGGACUUCCACCAGCAUCUUUCAUCACCCAGACUGUGCCCUUCACGGGCAGGGAAGUCCUUACAGCCCCAAUCACUAUCACGAUAGCACCACCAAGCGGCUCUCAACAUGGUACCGUUGUCAUCGGAAGUCCAUCAGUCACGUUCCUGGCAAGCUUCGUUCCUUUUACAGGGUCUACCCAGGAGACACUAUCGGUGAUCCAGCCUACAGGCACAUCUCCAGGAGUUGUAAUCAUCGGGCAGCCCGGAGGUUCCAAUCCAGAUGUCGAGGAUCCCACGUCUGCCGCCUCAGCGCCUCAAGUAACGCCAACCCGAUUUAUUACGUCGAUUGUGACCUACACUCCUGCCUCAGAUGCUCCGAACACACCAUCGACCUUGGCUGUCAUAGAUGGUACGGUUAUCAUCGGGUUGCCUCGCAUCGUCUCCCCAGCUGCGACUGGCUCGGACUCUUUUAUCACUUCGGCAAGAAGAGGGCCCUUUGUCACCUCUACUGUUGACUUCACCCAGGGCGUGGACUUGCCGACAACUGUUGAUCCUGUGGGAACCGUACCUGGAACGGUCUUUGUUUAUGCCUCAUUGAGAGGUGGAAAUUCGGCAAGUCCGUUCGUUACUUCCGAGGUCGUGCUGCUUGGAACAGCGGCUGGCUCAGCGCCUACGACCAUCUCCGUUGUUCAGCCAACCAAUGGACUGCCUGGAACCUUGAUCAUUGGCAGACCAGCCAUAUUUGUGACUUCGACUGUCUCUUGGACAGGGUCGGUUCCUUUGGCAUCUAGGACAACACUUGCAGUCGUGGCCCCCUCAGGAAAUAGCCCCGGCACGGUCUUCGUUGCGGAUCCCGCGGUUUUGGGAAGACAAUUCUCAACGUCCUACGUUCGAAUCUCUGGUACCCAGGAAGAGGGCGCUGCAACAACGUUAACUCUGAUACCAGGCCAGGGCACUUCGCAGCCAGCUAUCGUCGAUGGAGUUCCUGAUGACUACAUUACUUCUACAAUUGACUUCAGCGGCGCAGAUAUACUUACGACAAGAACCACACUUUCGACAUUGCCGCCGAACGGGGUGGCACCAGGCUUCAGUAUUGUAGCUGACCCAUCAACCUUAGUGUCUACAGUAACACCCGAGGUAACAAAUGGGGCUUCUGUUGUCCUUCAGCCCGACUUUAUCACCUCAACAGUCUUGUAUGAGGGCUCGACUACAUCUGUUCUGACCAGUGUCCAGCCCUUAGAAACCAACAGGGGUACAAUCGUGCUUGCAGUACCCUCGGUGGCUCCGCCAUCAAGGCCUGGCGAAAGCCAAGUGUCGAAGGUGAACGAUUCAAGCGUGGCUCUGGCCUCAUUCAUUACUUCGACGGCUGUCAGUCUUGACAGCUAUUCUGUUACAUCAAGAACUACAAUCUCGACAAUUACUCCUGAUGUUGAGGCCUCUAUAUCUGGUACGUACGUCGUGGCCUUGCCCAACGCCUACGUUACCUCGACUGUGCCGUGGACUGGAGCAAUACUCUUGUCAACCUUGACUACGAUCUCGACCAUACCACCUUCCGACUCUCAGCCGGGUGUUGUCGUCGUAGCUGCUCCGAAUGCGAUAGACUCAUCUACAUCUCAGCCAGUGAGUAGCAAUACAGCCCCGCAGCCGGUUUCUACAAGCAAUGCUGCCCCAGGAGACUCAGCUACACCGCUUCCUGCCACCCAGCUAUCAGCUCAGACGCUUUUUGCAACCUCGACAGUACUUUUGGCGAGCAAUCUUGGCAUCUCAUCAGCAACCACUUUGACAACACUUCAGGGGGACCCGGGUUCACCAUCCAUAGUACUGAUUGGCGUUCCUGUUGCCACCGAGACCUCCAUCGCGAAAGAGACACUGGGAGCCACUUCAAAUGGAUCUAGGCCACCUAGUGACUUGGAAUUUGGAACCCCAUCAACUCCUGCAGGCAAUCUCAUCUCGACAGCCACGCCCACUAACUCUUCACCAUUGACAACUGCUCUCGCCAACUCUGUAAUUGGUUCUGUCGUCACUUCAGACAUUUUCUACAGCGGAACCAACCCGCUUACCUCGCCAAUCCCGCUGACAACUCUCUCUGCUGGCCUAGGCAGUCUUUCGACCGUGAUACUGCUCCAACCAUCAUCGGCCGCUGGCUUGAUUAGCAACUCUGCAGGAGGUUCCGGCUCUAGGCCGCUGGAAGCUGUGUCGUCGUUGACGACCAAUAGCCCACCAAGCCCAACUACCGUUGUCCUUGUUCAGUCUGGAACGACAGUUUUGCUGCAGGCUUCUUUUGUCACAUCUACUUUAGAUGCGGGCAGUAGUUCCUCAGACGGCUCUCAAGGGCUUGCUCCUAUUUCUACGAUCCUACCGAGCGCUGGUGAACCAGGUACUGUUUUGCUAGGACGGCCACCAGCGAUAGCGUCAUCGACUACAAGCAAGAGCUCGUCGUCAGAAUUGAGCCCAGAAAACACGCCUUCCUCACAACUGUCAAGCUCACUAGGUUCCUCCGCAGUUUCUACCAUACAGUUCCAGGUCUCAGACCCCCAAGACCUUACGAGGAGCUCGCAGACCGACUCAGGUCCAAUAAGCAUCUCCUUUCAAAGCGACAUAGAUAGCAUAGCUUUCUCGACUGUUGCUAGCACGGCAGCUCCAGCAGACUCCAGCGCCACUAAUGCAGCUUCUUCUGGGCGCCUUUCCAAUCAAUCCCCCUUUGGCACAGUCCCAGACUCGGCGGUGACGAUUCCUGUUGCUACAGUCUUCGUUGACUACACGGGCACCGGAGUUCCAAGGGAGUUUUUGACGCUUAGAACGACUUCAGGGACCGUCAUUGUUCAGAGACCUCGACCUCUUACAACUGUAGAAACAUUCAUCCCUGGAAGCAUCUCCACUGAAUUUCUCACAAUCAUUCCAUCUGGCACCGAGCCUGUCACCAUAGUCUUCGGAAUUCCAUCGCCGGCGGGCACAACUCGUGUCCUGAUCUCUGGCCCAGAGGUUGUUAGCCCCGACAAGCACAACGACGUCGGCAUCUCAACAAGAUGCUCCAAGUCUGCCUUAUUCCACGUCAACCGCCAUAUCUACUUCGAUCGAUCCAGUUUCUCAGAGCUCCUCUAA